AUGACUCUACGAAAGCUCGAAGACAAGGAUUUUGAGUCGUUGUUGCUAGAGCAACACGAAAAAGCAUUUAAAACAGUAAAGGACUACCUUGCGAAAGCCCCAGUACUUGCUUAUUACGACGUCACUAAAGAAGUAACAAUACAGUGUGACGCCAGUGAAACCGGACUUGGCGCCGUGUUGUUGCAAGAAGACUAG